AUGCCGCGGUCGAAUUGGACUUCUAAUCCGACACCCGUCUUCGGUAUUGUGACUACUGGCGUUCAUCUGAACAUCUACAAACGUGAUGCAAAUGAUUCAAAUAAACUUUGGAUAUUCGUUGCGAAACGUUCUGGUGAGAAGCGAACCUUUUCUGGCAUGUACGAUCAGUGCGCUGCUGGGGGCUAUCAGAACGCGGGUGGGGGUUUCGGCGAAGCUAACGACACGACUGCGAAAGAAUGCCUUAAACGGGAAGUGAAGGAGGAAAUAAACGGUAGUCUACGAGCUGGCUGGCUAGAGGAAGUCAAGGAAGCCUCUCCGAUUCAGUUUGCUGUUCUGCGGGAUGAACGAUGGGGCAAAGACUUUCUUGGUGCCCCUGAACUCGGCGUCAAAAUUCCAUUCGAUUUGGAAGUGAAAGAAGACCCGAUUUUCAAGCCCAAUCCGGACGAAGUCGACUCAGUCGAGAAGAAGUCAGUCGGCGAGAUUGUCAAAGAUCUUCUCGAUCACAAAUUCAAGCCUAACUCAGCACUCGUCAUGAUCGAUUUCCUAAUCCGACACGGCUGUCUGGGAGAUAUCUCACCUGGGGACGUUUUGGAUCAGAUGAAUAAAAUGCUCAAAAAGCACGCAAUUGUCAAUGAUCUUCCUCACUGGAGUGAUGUAAAGAGCUAG